AUGCCCUUUUCUCGGUACAGCAACCGUCGCAACGAAGGCGUCGUCGCAGCUCCUCCCAAGCGGAGGGGUCUCUUCUCGCGCCGGCCUGCGCAUCACCACAGCACUACCACUACCGCUACUACAACCACGGCUCCCCGCCGCCGAGGCCUCUUCUCUCGUCGGCCUGCCGCGCACCACCACCACCACCAACGCAAGCCCAGUAUUGGGGACAAAAUCUCGGGGGCCCUUCUCAAGCUCCGCGGUAGUCUGACCCAUCGUCCUGGCGUCAAAGCUGCCGGCACUCGCCGCAUGCACGGCACCGACGGCCGCGGCGCUCACCACCAUUUUUAG